AUCUGUGUCAUGAGUUCCAGUCAUGAUCACUGCUUAUAAGGCCCACUGGGCUGUUCCAGCAAGACAUUUCUGAUGUUUGUUUUAUAAUAUUUAGUUUUCUUUUACUCUCUCAUGGGUAGGCUGCUCUGGGUCAGUGCUUUCCCACUCAUUUGCCCUGUCUUUUCUCUAUGACUUGUAUCUUACAGACUCUCUGUGAUUGCUGAACUGUAGCAGGGGAAAGAACACUGAAUGCCUGACUGAGAGGUCAUGACUCUAGCCACAGCAGGAGAGGCUUGGACGGGCCUUGAUUGUUCGAGUGGAGUGGAGGAUGAAGAGGCACCUUCUGUGCAGAGCAUUUCUGUAGGACUGUCACAUGUUAGUACUUCCAGGGCAGGUUCAUCAACCCAGAUGGCUCACCCUUGUGACAUAUGUGCCCCCAUCUUGAAAGAUAUUUUGCACCUGGAUGAACACCAGGAAACAUACCAUGGACUGAAACCUUAUACAUGUGGGGCAUGUGGAAGACAGUUGUGGUUCAGUGCAAACUUUGACCAGCACCAGAAACAGUACAAUGUAGAGAAACCCUUAAGAGACAAAGGCAAGACCUCAUUUGUGAAAAACUGUAGAGUUUGUGAAGAACCUCACUUGUCAGAGAAGCCGUUUACAUGUGAGGAGGAACAGAAGAAGUUCCAGGCCACCUUGGGCAGUCACCAGCAAAAGGUUACCCACAGCAAGAGGAAGAAAAGGAGCACUGAGAGUGGAGAGGCCUUUCACAUUGGACAGAUGCAUUACAAAUGCAGUGAAUGUGGGAAGGCCUUCAACCGCAAAGACACACUUGUCCAGCAUCAGCGAAUCCAUACUGGAGAAAAGCCUUACGAGUGCAGUGAAUGUGGGAAAGCUUUUAGUCGAAAAGCCACACUUGUCCAGCACCAGAGAAUCCAUACUGGAGAAAGGCCUUAUGAGUGCAGUGAGUGUGGGAAAGCCUUUAGUCGCAAAGACAACCUCACUCAGCAUAAAAGAAUUCACACUGGAGAAAUGCCUUAUAAGUGUGGCGAAUGUGGAAAAUACUUCAGCCAUCACUCCAACCUAAUUGUACACCAGAGAGUUCACAAUGGAGCAAGGCCUUAUAAGUGCAACGAUUGUGGGAAAGUCUUCAGACACAAAUCCACACUUGUUCAGCAUGAGAGUAUCCAUACUGGAGAAAAUCCUUAUGUUUGUAGUGAUUGUGGGAAAUCCUUUGGCCACAAAUACACUCUCAUUAAACACCAGAGAAUUCACACUGAGGCAAGGCCUUUUGAGUGCAUUGAAUGUGGGAAAUUCUUUAGUCGAAGCUCUGACUUUAUUGCACACCAGAGAGUUCACACGGGGGAAAGGCCUUUUGUGUGCAGCAAAUGUGGGAAAGAUUUCAUCAGGACCUCCCACCUUGUUCGGCACCAAAAAGUUCACACUGGAGAAAGGCCUUAUGAGUGCAAUGAAUGUGGGAAAGCUUAUAGCCUAAGCUCCCACCUCAUUCGGCACCAGAAAGUUCACACUGCAGGAAGGCUUUAGGAGUGCUUUCAACACAACAGGACUCAUAGGUAGAGGAGCUCUGUGAUUAACCUUUGAGAGAGAGACAUCAAUCAGAUGUUGAACAUCAUAUAUCUGAACAUUAACACUAGGGACAUGCCUUAUGAAUGCUAGGUACAAGGGAAGCUUUCAGGGCCUGUGUUGCACUUUCAGACCGGCUCGAGUUCCUUGCCAGAUUCGUCAGUGUCAGUGCCUGUGGCUGAAACCAUCUCAACUCUACCAGCUUAAGUUACCUUAAUAUCCUCAGGAAAGCCAGAACUUUGUACUCUCUGUCCAAUCCCUGGAGGGAAUUAUAAGGAACGUGAGUUAAAUGGGGAUCCUCAUUCCCUCCUCACUGACUGGUAAAGGUGUUGACGUGACGCUUUUUUAGCCAGGAGGGCCUGAGCUGUGUUUUGGUAGCAGAAAAAGUUUACUUUCUUCAUGGACAUUUUUGGUCUCGUGAUACUUGUGACAGAUUUUUCUAGCCUCCAAGUCACCCAACCUGGAGAACUGCUUGUCUCAUGUCGCUUUAAUUUGUGUGAUAAUAAAGACAUUAUUUAAGC